GUUAUAUGCCUCAAUGAGCUUCCCCCAAGCUCCAACCAUAUCUUUUUGUUUACUGUCGGUUGCCUUAAAUAACCUGGAAGACAAGAGAGGGGCUUUAUGUCUAUUCUAUAUAGGAUUUACCUCCCCAGACCAAACUAAUCGAGCUGAAACGAACAACGAGUGGCUCAGGCUUGUGAGCCGAACACCGAGCACCGCACUGAGCAAAAAUGGCGGAUGACAAGGAUCCACUGAAACAGUUGAGAGAUCUGACGCAGCUCAGAAAUCAGUUGGAGGAAAUCCAGAAGCGAGUAGAGAACGAAGUUUCAGUGGGAAUUCCUCAGGGAGGCUCAGUUUUGGGAUCUCCGUUUCUGAAGGGUGUUCUGGCCGGCUAUGUGGUGGCCAAACUACGCUCCUCUGCCAUCGUCGGAGUGCUGCUGGGAACAAUCACUGGCAUUUAUGCAGCACAGAACUAUGCCGUGCCCAACAUCGAAAGGACCGUGAAAGAGUAUAUGAACAACUUGAAAAAAGGUCCAAAGUAACUUGGCCUGACUGCUGCUCGUGCCGGUGGCGUAACGGGCUCAAGAGGAAGAAAUUUUGUCGAAGCUGCUGGCUUCUCAGUGGCUCAUGAAGGAUCAGCCGGCAAGAUUUCUGUGUAGACUGGACUAUGAUAUAACUGGAAUUUCGUUUGGAACUUAAAGUAAAGUUGUUGUUCUUUUUAUCUG